CCGUGCAAACCCCGCGCUGCCCCCCAGCAGAGCCCCACCGGCCGCGGGCGCUGUCCCCGGGGCGGGGCCGGGCACACAGAUGCCGCCCGUCGGAGGUCGCGGACUGGGGGCAUCUCCCUGCGGGAAACCGCAAAACCCUGAAGGGAGCAAACGCGGGUGGAGCUGGGGCCUAGCCCGACCCUCAGCCAGGGCUUGGCGGGUCUCGCUACUCCAGCGUUACUCCGCGCUGCGCUUCCAAAACUUGUAAUGACAGACCUGUAACCUCCUCCACCCCCAACCUCCUCUGCACCCUUCACCACUACUGCACGCACCCCCUCCUCUGCACCCCCACACAUCGCCUCCUCUGCUGCCCCCUGCACAAACUCAGCUGCACACCCUCCCUGCCACCCUAUGCCCACUCUCCUCUGCAACCCUCAGACAUCUCCUUUCACACUCCUGCCCCAUUUCCCUCCACACACAAUUCCCUUCGUUUUGCUCCUUCUCACUCUCCCCCCUCCACACACGGGUGCUGGUACUGGGGGUGCAGCAGCACCCCCUGGCUUGAAGUGGUUUCCAUCAUACACAGGGUUUAUAGUUUUUUUUUUUUUUGUGUGUGUCUGUUUUUUUUAAUGGCUUUCAGCAGCCCCACUAUACAAAUUGUUCUAGCACCACUGCCCACCCAUGCUCUCACACUUUCACCAGUACUUAUUCCUUCUCCUGUGCCCUGUCAUGCACAGACACAUACAUAAACUCCUCUUUGCUCCCAGUAGGCACACAACUACUCCUCCCUCCCAACACUCCCCUCCACCAACCACCACUCCCUUGCACCUGUGCGUGCACACACACACACACACUCUCCUCCUCCAUGCACAUACAAGCAAACACUCUCCUACGCAUGCACAGAUGUGCCCACUUAGUUUCUCUGGUGCUCUGGGUGCUGCAUAGUAAAACUAGGGGAGGGAUUUAGACCAGUGCUGUGAAAAAUCAUGGAAGAUAAAAGACGGCGAGCCAGAGUACAGGGUGGCUGGUCUGGACCUGUUAAGAGCAGAACAGCCUCAUAUGCAGCUCCGGGGGCUUCUGCGGCCAGGAAUCUUGUGUCAGUGGGCACUGAUCAGACCUGGAUGAGAAGAGAGCAGCUUCCACCCAAAAGACAAUUUGUGUUUAAAGAACCAACAGAGGUGGAACGCAAAGCUCCAGGGCCAAGAGUGAUAGAUGAACAGGGCCUGUAUGAGAUCAGCACGUUGCCAACAGGAGUGUCUCGGGUUCAUUUGAUUCCUGGAUUCAUUGACUCAAAACAAGCAGACUGGAUGUUUGAACAACUGCUCCAAGAGAUCCCCUGGAGGCAGAGAACUCACCUCAGGCAGGAUCUAUCUUACAAGGAGCCCAGACUUACUUCCUGGUAUGGGGAACUUCCUUACACUUACUCCAGGUUAACGAUGCAGCCAAAUCCUAAUUGGCAUCCUCUGCUGAUCAUGCUGAAGGAGCACAUCGAAAAGGCCACCGGUCACACCUUCAACUCUCUGCUCUGCAAUCUGUACCGAAACGAGAAGGACAGUGUCGACUGGCACAGUGAUGAUGAGCCAUCAUUGGGGAGAAACCCUGUCAUUGCUUCGCUCAGCCUUGGUGCCACCCGAAUCUUUGAGAUGAGGAAGAAACCCCCACCUGAAGAGAAUGGGGACUAUACUUAUGUGGAAAGAGUGCGGAUUCCAUUGCCUCAUGGAACUUUACUGAUGAUGGAGGGAGCUACCCAGGAAGACUGGCAGCAUCGGAUACCUAAGGAAUAUCAUGCCAGGGAACCACGGAUAAACUUGACAUUUAGGACCAUUUAUCCACACCCUGAGGGAAUGCAAAGGUGAAUGAAGACAACUGUUUUGGAUAUUACUGGAUAUAACAUCACAUCUGAUCCAAAGCCUCAGACAUGGUGCUGGUUUGGAGCAAGAAGCCAUAAUGGAUUCACAGUUACUGUCAAAAAUCUGAUGGGGAGAAGGGAACAGAGCUGUCGUCAUGAAGAACUGUGACAGUCACAAGUUUCCUGUAACAUGCAGAUGAUACUGUCAUAUUUUCAGACAUAAGAUGCUAUUUGAUUUUGCUAAUUCAUAGACUUUGUUUUGUUUGAUUUUAAAAAACAAUAGUGACCUGUCCCUUUUGAGAGAGGUGAAAAUGCUUGCAUAAAAUUAAAGAUAUGAAAGUUCACCCAUGGGAAAGCAGCUUCAGUGAUCAGUGCUUUUUUACCACCACCCCACUACCCUGGCAAAAUGUGAAUGGGUUUUUAUAGCUGAGACAAGUAACAUAAAAUAAUCCUGUCAUGCUGGUCUACAUUAAACCAUGUAGGUGUUUGUAUAAAUAAUACUUUGCACUUAUAUAGCACAUCAACUCAGAGGCUCUUGGUGCACUUAUAAUUAAGGCUACGAUUUGGUCAUGGAGAUUGCGGAAGUCACGGAUUCCGUGACUUCCACAGACCUCCAUGACUUCAGCCUGCAGCAGCUGGGAGCUGCAGGGUACUCCACUGUCCGUGGUGGCUGAGAGCUGUGGAGUACCCCUGCGGCCCAGAGUGGAGGGGAAUCCCCCACCGUUCCCCAGUCUCUGCAGGGAAUUUCCCGGAGCUCCCCUGUUCCUGAGACCCCCCAGCAGCUCCUCAGUUACCGCUGCCAACAGGGGAACCCUCGGAGCUCCCCAGCCUGGGGGGGGGAGAGAGAUCCCCCAGAGGUCCCUGGGCAGCAGAAGCUCCCCAGCCUCCAUGGGCUGGGGUCACUCCCAGUUAUUGGGGCAGGGGCCGCAGCUUCCAGCCACAGCAGGGCAGGAUGCUGGACCCUUCUCCCUCCCCAUUGGUUAUGAACAUUUUUAGUAAAAAGGGACAGGUCACUGCUUCUGUGAAUUUUUGUUUAUUGCCCGUGACCAAUCCGGGACUUUUACUAAAAAUAUCUAUGACAAAAUCAUAGCCUUCCUUAAAUACUAUAACCUAGCUCUUACAUAGUACUUUUACUCUGUAGAUCACAAAGCACUUUACAAAGGAGGUAAGUUGUAUUGUUGUUUGCAUUACAGUAGCACCUAGAGGCUACCAACCAAGAUCAGGGUUCCUUUGUGCUAUGUGUUAUACAAACAGCUCUUGCCCUAAGUGAUAGGUGAGACAGACAAGAGUGUGAGGGGAAACAGGCACAGAAAUGAGAAGGGAUUUACCCACAAGUCAGUGACAAAUCUAGGAGUAGAACUCAUGUCUCCUGACUACCAAUCCGGUGCCUUACCCCCUAGACUAUGUUGCCUUGCUGCUUCACUAUAAAUAAUAAUAAUAAAUAAAGCCUUACACCACCCCGACAAGGUUGAAGAAUAUUAUUUCCAUUUGAUAAAUAGGAAAUCUAAGCUGCAAAGAAAUUAAGGUCAACAUUGUGAAAAGUGGCCAAGGAUUGUGGGUGCUUCAGAUUUUGAGACUCUGUAUUUGAAAUACUUAAGGUCUGAUUUUUCAGCAAUACUGAGUACUUGCAACUUCCAUUGACUUCAGUUGGAGUUAUGGGUGUCCAGCACCUCUGAAACUCUGGCCUUGGAUAUCUCAAAUUGGGUGCCCAAAACUACUGACUACGUUUGAAGAUUUGAGCCUAAAUUAUUUCCCCAUUGUUAUGAGAACCCACCAUUCCUGACUCCUCAUCCUGCUCUCUGACCAUUAGAAAAUUCUUCUGUAUAUAUGUGUAGUCUCACAAAUUCAGGUUAUAGUGAAAAACACUUCCAUCAAACCUCUUGUGUUCCAGACAGGCAAACAGCAGCUAAAACCCAAUUCUAGGUAGUCUUGCAGGAACUCUUAAAAGCUUGCCUUGCCUCCUACCUGUCUUGCUUGCUAUUGUAACCAAUGAAUUCAUGGUCACUGUUAAGCAAAGCCAGAUAUGCCCAUAUGUGGCUUAAUACUCUCUACAGUUACUUGUUCGUCAGCUAUGCUAGGCUGCAGGAUGGUACAUGUUCAUUUUCUAUAUAAUGUGGGACCACAAGCAUUGAUAAACAUUCUCUGCAUUGUCUCACAUCAGUUAAGCUUGAUGAUGCCCCUCUCUCUUGUCAGAGUAAGUCAGCAUUUAGAAAAAGUCUGCUUCUGAUUAGCCAGUGCUAUGUCCUACAUUAUGGAAGAAAAUUGUUUCCUGCUGACAACAGUCAAGUGACUAAUUGUCUGCUAUGCGUAAAUUUUCAUUUUUAUUGGUGAUUGUAAAGGAUAAACUCUCAAGCCACUGCGGUACUCAAGCUCUAAAUUGGGCAGAAUUGAUUUCUCAGUGAAUCACACGAGUAUAAUACUGUUAUGAUGUCUGCCUAAAGCACUGUACAGCAUUUAAAACUGUAUUUCUAAAGUGCAUGAAUGUUGAUGGGAAAGAGUUAUUAAAAUGAAGAGGUUAUGUAGAUAAACCCAGGCUUUUU